AUGGACAUUACCGUUCGCGUCGAAGUGCAGUACGUGGCGCCCGAGCACGCGCUCAUCCGCGACGUGCUGCAGAUGUUCCGCACGCCCGCGUGGGUGCGCUUCAUGGUGCGCUACAUCUCGCCGCACCUCAAGAACGCGGCCCCUGCCGACAAGUCGGUCAUGGACAGUCUGUUCUCCUGGACCGUCGGCACCACUACUACCACCACCAGCAGCAGCAGCAGCAGCAGCAACAGCAGCAGCAGCAACAGUGACCACCAGUGCAGCAGCAGCAGCAAAGGCGCCAAGCGCCCCAUCUCGCGCGUCUCGUCUUGCCCGUCGACCACCGACGACUGCGUCAUCUGCCUGAGUCAGCUCCAGAGCAGCGUCGACGAGUUCGUGGCGCUGCCGUGCGGCCACCAGUUCCACUUGCCGUGCAUCCGCUCGUGGCUCAAGCUCCGCAGCACGUGUCCGACGUGCCGCUUCCAGUUCCGCAAGGCCUUUUCCGGCAGCUACGCCGUGCGGACGCUCAACUCGGCGCUGCUGCUCAAGCACGAGCACCGACCGCUCUUGAAGGAGCAGAUCCUCAACACGUGCGUCGGCCGCGAGACGGUCCGCGCCGUCGUGAACGUCACGCUGAGCCAGAUCGCCGCGCACGCCAAGCAGAGCCAGUACCCGUGCGUGCUCAACGCGCUCAUGAUGCACUCGAACGGCGACAGCUUCACCGAGUUGGCGGCGUCGGCCGACGCUGCGCUGGCCAAGAGCAAGAGCAGCGACAAGGAGACGACGACGACGACGGACGAGGGCAGUAGCAGUAGCAGCAGCAGCAGCAGCAGUAGCGAGCCACGGACGAAGCGACUGCGAGUGGCCUAA